AUGUCCUCCCUCAAGGUCGUCGACAUUCGCUUUGAGCAUUACCGCCCGGAAAACACUCUGGGCGUACAUGAGACCAAGCCUCGUAUCUCGUGGCGAUUCGAAAAUGCACCCGAGAACUUUACUCAAGAAGAGUAUGAGCUUCAGCUGAGCAAAAUCACCCGAGGAGAGACUGCAGAGGUCUGCUCCGUCAAGAGGACAUCUCCCGACUCACAGCUGGUUGCUUGGCCGCACGAGGAGUCUAUUCAAUCCCGCGAGAUAUACUCGAUCCGAGUCAGAGCCCGAGGAAAGGGACAAUCAGAGCCCACAGCAUGGAGCCAACCCGCGACUCUGGAGGCGGGCCUCUUUGACAGAAAAGAAUGGAGCAGCAAGCUCAUCUCAGCACCCUGGUCAGACGACAACAACGACAAGCCCCAGCCUGCAGACUUGUUCCGCAAAGAGUUCAAGGUGGAAGCAGAUGUUCAAUCAGCAAGACUCUACAUCACAGCCCAAGGCAUCUAUGAAGCCGAGCUCAACGGGAAGCGAGUCGGCAAUUACUUCUUGGCUCCUGGCUGGAACUGCUACGAUUCGCAGUUGAACUACCAGACCUACGACGUCACUGGACUCCUCUCUUCAGGAGAGAACUGUCUGGGUGUGCACGUCGCUGAAGGCUGGUAUAAAGGCCGACUCGGAUUUGAAGGUGGCCAACGCAACAUCUGGGGCUCUCGCACCGGUCUUCAAGCGCAGCUUGAAGUGCAGCUCAAGGACGGCACCACUUACACUAUCGUGACGGAUGAGACUUGGACAGCUUCGCAAGGACCAAUCAAGCUGGCAGAGAUCUACGAUGGAGAAAAGUACGACGCGACAGCAGAAAUUCCCGGCUGGUCUAGUCCUGGUGUUGCUUCCGGAGACUGGAAGGCCGUCGACAUUCUCCCCCCGAUUUCCGAGUCUGUCACUCUUAAUGCCGGUUUCUCUGAGCCUGUACGAAGAAUUGAGACAGUCAAGCCCACUAAAAUCAUCACAACGCCUUCUGGAAAGACUGUCCUCGACUUUGGACAGAACCUGGUUGGAUACAUCCGCAUCAAGUCCAUCAAGGGACCCCGUGGUCAUUCCGUCACCAUCUCUCACGCCGAGGUCAUGGAAAAGGAGGAGUUGGGAAUCAGGCCCCUUCGUUUUGCCUCAGCUCAGGAUGUCUACACCCUCAAGGGAGACGAAAAGGGCGAGUCAUAUGAGCCCCGUUUUACCUUCCACGGCUUCCGAUAUGCGCAGGUCGAUAACUGGCCGUCAACUGAGGAUAACCUGCUGGAUGUGCUAGAAGCUGUCGUCUGCAACACAGACAUGGAGGAACAGGGCACAUUUGCAUGCUCAGAUGACAAGCUCAACCGACUCUUUAGCAACGUCCGCUGGGGUAUGAGAGGCAACUUUGUCUCCAUCCCAACAGACUGCCCCCAACGCGAUGAACGUCUGGGUUGGACAGGCGAUCUCGCUCUCUUCGCCCCCACAGCGACUUUUGUCUAUGGAUGCGUUUCCAUCUUGAGAGACUGGCUGCAGGACGUGUGGGCAGACCAGAAGAAGCAGAAGGGCAUUCCUCCAAUGGUGACGCCCAACAUCCUCAGCUACAACAAGUUCUGGGGAAACCCGUGGCCUUGUGCCAUCUGGCAUGAUGUGACUGUCCUCGCGCCUUGGGCUUUGUGGGAGGAGACGGCGGACCCGACUGUCUUGGCGGAUCAGUUUGAGUCCAUGGAGACAUGGCUGAAGUGUAUCCCUCGAAACAAGACAGGCGCAACUCACCUUUGGGACUCCAACUCGGCCCAACUUGCUGACUGGCUUGAUCCCACUGCACCCCCAGACGCACCUCACAAGGCUCAGGCAAACCCCCAUCUAGUCGCCGAUGCCUUCCUCGUCCGUAGUCUCGACUUGGUAGCCCGCGUCGCAGAGAUCCUGGGCCGGACUGAAGAUGCUGCGCGCUACAAGUCUGAAGCUGCCAGCGCCCGUGCCGAGUUCAGGGGCGAAUACGUAACGCCUAGUGGCCGUAUCCUGUCAGAGUGCCAGACUUCUUACUGUCUCGCUAUCUGCUUCGACCUGCUUGAGUCCCAUCAGCUCGCCCGUGCUGGUGAGCGUCUGGUCGAUAUUGUCCGACGCAACAGCUUCUGCGUCGGCACUGGAUUCGCCGGUACGCCAUUUAUCUGCGAAGCUCUCACACGAACCGGCCACAGUAACGUCGCCUACUCAAUGCUACUAAACGAGACAUGUCCGUCCUGGCUAUACACCAUCUCCAUGGGUGCCACAACCAUGUGGGAGCGCUGGGACAGUAUGUUGCCCGAUGGCACUAUCAACCCAGGCGAGAUGACGAGCUUCAACCACUACGCUUAUGGUGCCGUGGCCAAGUUUAUGGUCGAGCGCCUGGCAGGUCUCCAACAGUUGGAGUCAGGCUGGAAGAAGACGAGAGUGCAACCUGAGAUCGGAGGCGAGUUCAAGUGGGCGUCAGCGCAGCACCUAACGCCAUACGGCAUCGUCUCAAGCUCCUGGAACCUGAAGGAGAUAGAGGGCGAAAAGGGCGCAUUCACUCUUCAGGUUGACGUGGUCGUUCCGCCAACCACUACGAUGGAGGUUAUCCUCCCUGCACCCGAGGGCCCAAAGACCGAGGUUGUCGGAUCCGGCAAGUGGUCGUUUAGCACUCGCUACGAGAGGAACUAUCAGUGGCCAGUCAAGGCUAUUCCUUCGACACUGCCUGGAUUAGCCCCGGAGGAGUAG